AACGCCUGUGAGCUCGCUCUGAAAAGUCAUGGUUCUUCCCGGAUAAGAAAUUGACAGGUGCUCGAAUUUUGGAAACUAGCUUCUAGGCUAUACAAUUGACGAUAGCCCCGUUCUUUCACUUGCCAACGCUUGGAGUUCGAGACACUGGUGAUUUACUGUGCAGCAAACCUCUAAUCGAAAGAUUAAACAUGUCAUAUUCAAUUCAAGAAAUAAACUUAGAAGGUGUCUCUCCGGAACAAGUGCAAUAUUUGGCAAAUCUUAUAGAAUCCAGCAAGCAUCAUGACGCAAAUCUUGUAAACAAAGGUGAAGUUCCAAAGUUGCAGCAGUUGGUCCUAAAUAAGUGUCUAAGUACGAUAGCUGACGACAAUGAAAAUGAAGUCUUUGUUCAAAGUUGUCCUAAUAAUGACAGCAUUAGUGAUGUUCCCAACUCAUACUAUAUGAUUGUAAGUGCCAGUGGGGAAGAUAAUCAUGAAAUGUAUCAUGGUGCUGAGAUGGACAUAGAGCGCCUGGCGUUGCAGAGAACAAAUCAAUCCUACACCCAGGACCCAUGUAUGGCAAGUGCAGACACCUCAUUUGGAGAGGAGAACAUCUUGGAUCAUCUCACAAGACAGGUUGCAAUGCAGCAGCAGUAUCUGUGUAAUGCCAUGAAUAUUGUCCCCACAGGCAUGGACAGCAGUAGUAGAUGUUAUUCAGACAAUGACAGUUUUAUUUCCCAGGAUCCAAAUUACAAUGCCGGGGAACCUCAGGGACUGAAUGAUAGUUUAAAUGGAAGCUUGAUGAACAGUGGGUUUGCUGUUCCUCAAUAUCCAGUGACCAGCUUACAUCAACCAGUCAUUCAGUUACACUCCACUCCAGAGAACAAUCCAGGGAGAGAGAAAAAUCUGGUGCUGAUUAGAAGUGAAAAUAUGGAGACACCCGAGAAUCACCACCACACUGCAGUGACCUCUCAAGGCUGCUAUGUUUACACUCCACACCCCAGGACUGGGCAGCUGCUGUACAUGACUGCCACUGACGAUGGCUCUCCCCAGCUAUACCAGCCCCUCCCCCAAGUGACUGCCACACCCAUUCCUCCUACCCAAAAAGACAAAAGCAUUUUUACAACACCAAAGACAACAAACUGCACACUGAACAGCAGCGGUGAGGAGACUCAAGAGAGCCCCUCCUCUGGUGAUCCCCCCACUGAUAAGUCCUCAACCACAGAUGUCUCCUCCACCUCGGAUGGAUCCACCUCUCUGUUGAGCUCCACAUUGGACAAGAACAAUAACAAGUUCUACGACAUCUCUUUGUUCAGUAGUUGUGUUGGAGAAGAUGGUCGGGAACAACACAAUAUGAAAGAGAGGAGGAGAAGAGCUAGAAUCAAAGAUGCCUGUGAUGUUUUAAGAAAGCUGGUACCUGGUAUGUCUGAUAAGACUGACAAGGCUACAGUAUUUGAAUUUGCCGCCCGAUAUGUUCAUUUCCUGAAGGGAUUUGUUGGCAAUCAACAUGACAAGGAUUUCCUUUUGAAGUAUAGUCCGUAUUGAUCCAAAUAGAAAAUACAUCUGGAAGAGAUGGACAUUUAUAUACAAGAGGAGUCCGGACAAUGCCCAGUGCCUACAAGCAGUGUUUUUUUACUGCAAUUCUGACUUGCAACAUAAAAUCUUAUACUAAAGUGCAGGCCACAUUGGCUUACAUAAGAUAGCUUUCUGAAAUAUUACAGCUUUGUAAUCAAGUAUGACAACUUUUGAAUAAUUCAGAGCUAAAUGUGUGAUCUGAAAGCAUGAUGUUUUGUAAAAUUUGUCACUUUUCCUUGAUUAUACUUGUAUGUCAAAUGUAUUGUUCAGUAUUAAACAUAAGAAAUUUUUGUACUUCUA